UUGAUUUUAGAACAGAGCUCGACUGAGUCCUGAAUGUUGUGCUUGCAAUAUUACACAUAUUUUUUUUUUUAUAAAGGGCCUAUCCAGUUUGCGUGAAAGUAUUUUAAAUAGCUUUAAAAAAAAAAAAAAAAAAAAAAAAAAAAAAAAAAAAAAACUGAAGUUGUAGCUCUUUGUUUACACAAACUGCACGGAACUAAAAAAUAUUACGAUAAAGGAACUUCGAGAAGAACUCGCCGGUCAGCAGUACAUGAGGCUUUACCGGUCAGUGAAGUAGUCGAACAAGCUGAAAGAGGAUGUUAAAACGAAGGGGAACAGACAGAGGAGCUGGGGAAACAUCAAGCAGAGCAGCUAAAGUUCUUUGUACUGGGAUAGCCGGAAACAAUGCCAAGAGAGCUGGACCCUUUAUACUAGGACAUCGUUUAGGUAACUCCCCUGUGCCAAGUAUAGUUCAGUGUUUGGCAAGAAAAGACGGCACAGAUGACUUUUAUCAAUUAAAGAUCCUCACCUUGGAAGAACGGGGUGAAAAGGGAGCAGAAACCCAAGAGGAACGCCAAGGAAAGAUGCUGCUGCAUACAGAGUACUCCCUGCUGUCUUUGCUUCACGAUCAGGAUGGUGUGGUCCAUCAUCAUGGCCUCUUCCAGGACCGAGCCUACGAGAUUGUAGAAGAUCACGAAGCCAACAAGCUGGUCCGGAAAAUGAAGAAGAGGAUCUGUUUAGUUUUGGAUUGUCUUUGCGCUCAUGAUUUUAGCGACAAAACUGCAGACCUCAUUAACCUCCAGCAUUAUGUUAUAAAAGAGAAGAGGCUGAGUGAGAGGGAAACUAUUGUAAUAUUCUAUGACGUUGCACGAGUUGUGGAAGCUUUGCAUAAGAAAAAUAUUGUGCACAGGGACUUGAAGCUGGGAAACAUGGUGCUAAAUAAAAGGACUCACAGAAUAACAAUAACCAAUUUCUGCUUGGGGAAACACCUGGUUAGUGAGGACGACCUUCUCAAAGACCAGCGGGGAAGCCCUGCAUAUAUCAGCCCAGAUGUCCUCAGUGGUCGGCCGUACCGUGGGAAGCCAAGCGAUAUGUGGGCUCUAGGAGUUGUGCUGUUCACCAUGCUGUAUGGGCAGUUUCCAUUUUAUGACAGCAUACCUCAGGAGCUGUUCCGGAAAAUUAAGGCAGCAGAGUACACCAUCCCAGAGGAUGGUCGUGUUUCAGAGAACACUGUGUGUCUUAUCCGGAAACUCCUGGUCCUUGACCCACAGCAGAGGCAGACUGCAUCGGAGGUGCUGGAUUCUCUCAGUGGCAUUAUCUCAUCAUGGCAGUCGAUGUCUUCACUCAGUGGUCCACUGCAGGUAGUGCCGGAUAUUGAUGACCAGGCAAAUCCUUUAGAACAUCCACAAGAGGGAAAGCUGACAGAAGAGUCUUCACAGUACGAAUUCGAGAACUACAUGAGACAGCAGUUGAUGCUGGCAGAAGAAAAGAACACUAUUCAUGAAGCCAAGAACUUUAUGCCCAAGCGGCAGUUUGGCAACAUCCCGCCCGUGCGGCGACUUGGACAUGAUGCCCAGCCUGUGAGCCCUUUGGACGCUGCCCUCCUUGCUCAGCGAUAUUUGCGAAAGUAAGCCAUUGGCAUGUAGCAGCAGCACAAGUGCGACUUUCUCUAUUCUCGGAUUCACCGAUGUACUGAAAAUCCAGAGCAGUACUGUGUUAUGCCAUACAGAAUUAUGUAGCAAUCCACCCCAGCUCUAUUGAGGAUUUGAUUCUGAUUCGAUGAUCCCCUUUCGUUUUGUGAAAUACUAUACAGUAGAUCUGCCUUUGUAUUGACUUAAUCUAGAUUACUUCUUUUUAAUUGUGACUUUUAAAUCUACCUCUCCAUCUUUUUAACAAUGACGCAGUCCCUCACUUCAGGAAUGGUGACUCAGAACAGAUAGUGUCAAGGUUGACAAAGCAUUAUCUUUGGUGCAUAUUGUAGUAUGGAGGGUUUGGCUGGAAACGGUCUCUCCAUAUGAUCUGAAUAAGCUUACUCAUCUGUUUAAUUAAAGGUAGCAUUUUUGUUUCUGGUUUAUUGGCAAACCAUGUUUUAAAGAUUCUAUAAAAAAAAAAAAAAAAAAAAAAAAGCCCAAUAAAAAUUCUUACAUUAUGACUUGCCAUACAUGUUUAAAUACCAAAUGCUGCUAUAUCUGAAUAAUAUAUAUAUAUAUAUAUAUAUAUAUAUAUAUAUAUAUAUAUAUAUAUAUAUAUAUAUAUAUAUAUAUUCUGAAUACAGGCAGCAGGCAGCUAUCUUCAAAUGAAGUGCAAGGAAUUAAACCGAAUUAUGCCAAGUUAAAGCUCCCAUUUGGUGGUUUAAAAAACCCUCUGAAAGGCUAUAAUUUAUUAAACCUAUGUUUUAGAUAUAUUUUAUAGUUCUAGAUUUAUUCGCCAUUGUGAAUUCUGAGUCUACCAUGGAGAUAGCUUCUUUAAAUGCAUGUUUGCCAAGAAUAGUAUAUUCAUUCAUUCAUUCAUUCUGUGAACUUAUUUUUCUUUUCUUUUUUAAUCUAUGUUUCAUUUGUUUUAAACAUGUUUUCCCUUGUAACACAUUUACAUAAGUUUGUCUUACCUGUUUCUAUCGUCUUGGUACAGAUCUAGUAGUAUAUAAAUGUGAAAACUAAAAUCCCCUGAAUAGGGUGAUGCUAUUAGGUUGGACUGCGAAGUCUAAAGUACUUUACUGAUCUUCUUUUUACCCAUAAUAUUUUUUUAUUAUUAUUCUUUGGGAUGGGACCCCACAUGCAUGGUUUGAAGUAUUUUCUUGGCAUUUGCCAACUAGUAUUGUCAAUCCCCUUUUUUAUGUAACAAAGGUAAGCAAUUAUUGCACAGCUUAUCCUACUGAAUAAAAAUAAUAAUCAUUAAAAACGAAAGAUACAGCUUACCAGAAAAUAAUCUAUUAAAUCAUGUUAGGGAUUGCUGGAGUUGAAUAAAGCUCUGCUGACAGUCUUAACAAUUAUGCGUUUAGUAGUUAUAAUCCUAUCAAAGAGAACUUAAAACUAAAAUAUGAGGCUGUCUGCAAGAAAGGACCUCUCCCCAAACCAAACAAGUGUAUUUAGUGCUUUCUUUUCUAAAGAAACAAAUGUUUUGCUU